AUGGAGCUUCAAAUAUGCGAGGGUGUUAGAGUUGUGAAGGAUUCUUUUAACUAUAUCUCUAUGAUUGUGAAUAUGGUUGGGGCAUCUUGUAAGAGAAAGGAUCAACUUAGGAAGUUGCAACAUGAAAGAUUAGUUGCACAACUUAAUGAUGAAGAAGUAACUAGUGGAAGAGGUCAAAAUCAAGAAACUACUUUGGUGGUUGAUUUAAUUAUACAAGAGAUGAAUAAUCGGUUUUCUGAAGCUAGCACCGACUUGCUAAAAUGCAUAGCGUGUCUUGAUCCAAGAAAUUCUUUCUCCGAAUUCAAUGAGCAUCAAGUCAUUCAUAUUGCUACUUUAUAUCCCGAGGACUUCUCUGCGAGCGAAUGUUUACAUCUUCCACGACAAGUUAGUAAUUUUAUUGCUAAUGUGCGGUGUGAUCCUCAAUUUGUUGCGCUUAGUGAUUUGGGAAGUUUUGCUAUGAAAAUGGUCAAAACUAAGAAGCAUUUAGUUUUUCCAUUGGUCUAUCGGAUUAUUGAGUUGACCUUGGUUUUACCUGUUGCUUCUGCUUCUGUUGAGAGUGCAUUUUCUGCAAUGAAGACUAUCAAGACUGAUUUGCGAAAUCAAAUGGGAGACGAGUGGAUGAAUGACAGUCUAGUUGUGUACAUUGAGAAGGAUAUUUUUUCAACGAUUGAUAACGAGCCGAUCCUGCAGCAUUUUCAAUCGAUGAAAACACGUAGAAUUCAAUUGCCGCCGCUUUAG